AAAUGAGGAAAAUAAGAGGCGCGGGAAGUUUUCUCCAGUUUCUUCUCUCAAAAGCUUCCAUAGUACGAAGUCACAGACAACAGCGGGAGGGAAAGCAAAGUAAUUUUCCUGUCGUCAAUGGGGUCAGCAAGUCCCAAACACACCUGCCUCAAACUGGAAAUUUCCAGCAAGACGCAGAAGGAACGAAUAUUCGUGAAAGGCACGUGGUUUUCUUCUCACUUUGACCUCUUCAUCACUGACGGUCUCGAAGCUUGGAUUUGCCUUGCGUCGGAGGAAGAGGUAGAAGAGAGAGCUUCUCAAUGGGAUCAACCCGUUUCUGAGUAUAUUGAUUUGGGUGAAAAGUAUUUGGGAUUUCAACAACCCGGUUCUGUUUAUGGCUUUGAUGAUGCUGGCCCUGGCCAUAAAAGGCUCUCAUGGACAUUUGAGAAAGAAGGCACAAAGCUGGAGUGGCGGUGGAAAUGCCAACUGUCUCAUAAUAGCAAGAAAACUACCGCAGACAUCUUGGACUUUCUCAUGGAUGCAAACAUUAGACUGAGUGAUGAAGUUGUCAGUAAAACUCAAUCAUUUGAGAGGCUGAGAGAGGAGGCUGAAAAAUGUUUAACACAAAGCGAGAAACUCAGCAAAGAGAAAGAAGAAUUUGAAUCUGCAAUAUAUGCAAAGUUUGUUGGAGUCCUGAAUUCAAAGAAGAAAAAACUCAGAGAACUUCGCGAUAAGCUCUCUAAACAGGGACCUGCUGUUCAAGAGCCGGUAGAAGAGGAGGACACACAAUCUACAGACAGAACUGAGACCUUUGAUGAGGGAAGCGAUGACGAAAAAAGUGAGGAGGAGGUUGAGAAGGAAGAUGUUGGCACUUCAAAAGAUGUUCCAGCCAGAAGGGGAAGGGGUCGUGGGCGAAAGAGAAAGUAAAUAUCGAAGCAGCAUUAGCACCAUUUACAGUAUCCUAAUCAUCCUUUGCCUCUUUGUCUGAAUGCUUUCAAUUUUAUCUUUCUUUUCACGGAGAAUGAGGAUGAUAUGCACUGUUGAACUUGUGAAUAUUUCAGAUAUUCGGCAUUUGUCUGAUAUCGUCUCGAUGCC